AUGUUCUACUCCGAGGCCCUGCUGCAGAAGACCGGGCCUCUGGCCCGUGUCUGGCUGUCGGCCAACCUGGAGCGUAAGCUCUCCAAGAACCACAUCUUGCAGUCCAACCUGCAGGACAGUGUCGAAGCAAUCAUCACCCCCAACCAAGCUCCCAUGGCCCUCAGACUGAGCGGUCAACUGCUGCUGGGUGUCGUCAGAAUCUACAGCCGCAAAGCACGCUAUCUGCUCGAUGACUGCAAUGAAGCUCUUCUCAAGAUCAAGAUGGCCUUCCGCUCGACCGGAAACAAUGAUAUCCCCGAGAACUUUGCUCUCCCCAACCGAGAAGCGCUGACGCUUCCUGACCGAAUCACACCUGCUGACAACCUUAACAUUUUACCGCCCCCUGACGCCGACUGGCUACUUGCGCAGAUGGACGUCGAUGCUACACCCAGCCAGUCACAGGGUCGCAGCAGGGGACGCCCGAGUAACCGCGAGAUCAACUUGCAAGAGGACUUCAACAACAGCCAGUUCUUGCACGACGAUAACCUGGGCCAGGACGUUCUCGCCAUUGAGGACAACGAGGACUUGGAGCUCGAGCUCGACUUUGGUAUGGAUAUCGACGAGCGCCCCAGAGCUUUCGACAAGAGCAUCGAAAUGGGUCGAGACGCCCCUACUGCCCGCCCGGUAGAGGAUGACCUUCUCAGCGAGUAUGAUGGGGCAGUGCCUGCCAAGGGCGUUGCCGGCGACGAAACCACCAACUUCGACUUUGGAAACGACGGUAUCCAGAUCGCCGACGCCGAUGGGGAUAUCCACAUGGAUGACGAUCUCCAGUUCAACCUUGGUGAUCAGUCAGCUAUGCCUGAAAUCGGCGGUGCUGCGCCACUUAACCGCGCCCGCAUCUCGGAGUCUCCCCUCUCUGACAUUGACGAGAACACAGCCAGAGAUGUAGAGGAGUGGACGAGGCUCAACAACACAAGCAUCUACGAACCCGGUCAAGAACCAGAGGAGCCCGAGCCUCUGCCGCAGAGGAAGUCCAAGUCCAAGCGCAAGGUUUUUGCCCUCGACGCUGCGACCCAGCUUACCAGCGCCCACAUCAAGGAGCAGCAACAAGACCGCUCCAACAUUCUAAAGGCACCGACUUUUAUCUCCAGAGACCCUUACUUCCUGGCUCUCUUGGAAUUGAAGCACAGCGGCAGCUUUGUGUCGAAUAUCAUGGGCGACAACCGUAGCAAGGCCUGGGCGCCAGAACUCAGAGGCCUGCUCUCCAUUGAAUCUAUCCGACCAAGUAACGACUUGAAACGGAAGCGGGACAGUGGUGUCGCUGACAUGGGCAGCGAAGAUGAACAGGGCGCGUCCAAGUCCCCGCGUCUGGAACUGGGAGAUGACGAGACAGCCCUGCAAAUCGGCGGCGGCCUCGGCGAACAGAGCGUGGCGGCUGACGGAACCAUCAUCCAGAUCCCUGGUGACGAGGGAAUGAUGCUGCAGGAUGACGACGAUCAUCACGCGCGUGAAGGCAGCCCGAUGCCUGCGUUCGACGAUACCACGGUGCCACUAGUCCACCCCGAGGACAGUGGUCCUGUAUCGCUAGGGACAAAGCAUGCAGUCCACGUUCUGCGGGAUCUUUUCGGAGCCGAGGCUGCCACCAGUGAGGAGAAGCGCAAGAAGACAUCAGUCGUCUUCCAGGAGCUUCUGCCGGAGAAGCGCACGACCAAGGCAGACGCGACAAAGAUGUUCUUUGAGUGCCUCGUGCUCGCGACAAAGGAUGCAAUCAAGGUGGAGCAGAAGGAGGGCAGCCUUGGUGGGUCGAUUCGCGUUCGUGGCAAGCGUGGUCUCUGGGGAGCAUGGGCAGAGCGCGAAGCUGGCGGCGAAAUCGCACACCAGGACGAGCAAGCAACACAACCAGAACCUGCCAUUGCGGGGUCAUCGCGUGCUGUUGCGGCGGCGGCGUAA